GGAUGACUAACAUGAUAGCAAUUAGACGGAAGGACUUCCGGCCGUUGAAUUACUAUCAAAAGAGGGCCUGAUCUCAUAAAAGUUGUAUGUGUUGAAAUCUCUUGUCGUCUCAGUUUUUAAAACCAUGAUUGGCACAAGGAUUGCCCGUAUAGGCGGCUCUCUUAUCCAAAGGGGCCCCUGGGGUGUGCAGCUGCGCGCCUUGUCAGUCACAAGUCUAGCAAAAGCCGACUCGCAACGGUCUGCACUGUCGACAAUAUGGGUGCCAACCGGGGGUAUCACUGCUAAUGAAGAUGAGUGUGAGUUUGUUUUGUUUCCAUUGAAUCUCUUAUGAGCUCAUUAAAUUUUAGUCGGCCAUGGAAAACUCAUUCGCGGUGGUUUCCUCCGCCAGGCUCACUCUGGAAUUUUUCAGCUUCUUCCCCUGGGGCUUCGUGUUCAGGAUAAGAUAGAAAAGUUGAUCGAUAAACAUAUGCGCUCAGUUGGUGCAUCAAGAUUAUCCCUGUCAACUAUUUCAUCAGAAGAACUGUGGCGAAAGAGUGAUCGUCUUGAAUCUGUUGCGCCGGAGCUUUUUCGACUCAAAGAUCGUAAAGAGACUCCGCUGAUAUUGUCGCCCACACAUGAGGAGGAGAUCACCAUGCUUGUCGCCGGAAUCGUCAAUUCAUACAAGGACCUUCCAAUUCGACUCUACCAGAUCACCCGAAAAUACCGCGAUGAGCGUCGCCCUCGCCACGGUCUUCUACGCUCACGGGAGUUCCUCAUGAAGGAUCUCUACACUUUCGAUCUCACAACACUUGAAGCUGUGGAGACCUAUCGUCAGGUGUCUGCAGCAUACCGCGCCUUCUUUGAUGAGCUAAAACUCCCAUAUCUUGUGGCCGAGGCAAGCUCUGGUGAUAUGGGCGGUGACCUAAGCCAUGAAUAUCACUUGCCAAGUUCUGUUGGAGAAGAUACCGUGAUAAAUUGUGACUCUUGUGGCUAUACUGCUAACGACGAAGUCGCUGCUCUCCGACCCCCCUCUACGGCAUAUGAUGGUUCGGAGAGCCCUCCGGCGUCUCACUUCCGUGUUUGGCGAGGUAUUUCCAAGGACAGAAAAGCCUUGAUCAAUGCGUGGUAUCCUCGAUCAUCGGGGGCCUCUGCAGAAAGCGGUCUCAACCUUCAUGCCGUCAAAUCAGCUGUCCCUGAGCUGGACGCCACCAUUGAGGAUCCUUUGCCACUUUGGGGAGCAUCAUUGGAGAGCGGAACGACAAAAGUGAUCAAUGUUGUUGAUGGAAGACUUGUACCGGUGUUUGAAAGUGUUCGCGAUCAGUUACCGUUGUUACCCGAAGAUCUUCAACCAUACCAAGUUGAGUAUUCAACAAUUGACAGCACAGCCUCUGGUGGCGGGCUGAAUUUGGCACGUAUCACUGAUGGCGAUGCCUGCCCUCGAUGUGAGGAGGGCGCAUUAAAAAUCCAUCGUGCUUUAGAGUGCGGCCACACAUUCCAACUUGGAACUCGCUACUCAGUACCACUCGAUGCCUGUGUCACUAUACCACGCUCGGGGAUUCCGGCGGCAGCUGCGGAAGAGGGACUGAUUCCAGGGAGUCGUAUUCCUCUUCAAAUGGGCUGUCAUGGCGUUGGCGUUUCGAGAAUCUUUGGUGCUGUUGCUGAGAUUCUCGCGGACGAGCAAGGACUGAAUUGGCCCCGAGCCAUUGCGCCGUUUGAGGUUGCGAUCAUACCUGCACCAGACUUAGCCGAAGACUCUCUGAGAAUUUACGACUUACUUGCCGCGGGCGACAAUUCGCGUAAUGGCUUGGACGUUGUUCUCGAUGAUCGCCAGCGAUCAUUUGUCUGGAAGAUGAAAGAUGCCGAUAUGGUAGGCUUUCCUGUCUUGGUUAUCAUGGGAAGAUCUUACAAAGAAAAUGGCACUUGCGAAGUUCAAUGCAGACGACUUUCGAUCAAGGAAACUGUAAAGCUUGACGCUCUGCCAGAAUUCAUCUCAAAUUUGUUGGAUCAGCUGUAAGGGAUGGAUCCGGAUUAUUAUAACAUAACUACUACAUUCGAGGCGAAUGUAUAAUAAACAAAGCAAAGUUCAUAGCAACAGAGGUCGACAAAAUUAGACAAGUUAAAAGAGAAAAGAAAGAAAUUAUUCACCUCUUAAAUUAGAAAAUGUAGUAUCUUGGGCAAAACAAGAGAAGGCCACUAAUUACUUGGAUUAUAAUGCAGCUA